UUUCAGUUUUAUAGUGAAACAGUUUAGCAGUCGGGUAAUCGAAAUCGAAUUGAGGAAAAAAUGAAUCUCAUAUCUUUUGAGGAAGUUGCACGAAAUAAUGGAGAAAAUGGUUCAAAAGUUUAUGUUGUUCUUCAUAAAAAUGUCUACGAUUUGACUGAUUAUAUUAGAGAACAUCCUGGUGGGGAGGAAUUAAUUAUGGAAUUUGCGGGUAAAGACGGAACAAAAGGUUUUAAUGAUUUUGGUCAUUCUUCGGACGCGAGAUCUUAUAUGAAAAAAUUUAAAAUUGGUGAAUUAGCAGAGGAUUAUUGUAAAAAGAGCAAGAAAUCAAGUAAAACGGGAGAAAUGUUAGGAAAUUCGGCAGACAAAAAUCGAAGAUCAAUUUUGACGAAAUUUUGGCUCUGCUCAUAGUAAGAUACACACAUUAUCAGUAUUGUUAAUUUAUUUUAGUUGCAUAAAGACAAAGGUGCGGUGAAAUUUUUUUUUUUUUGUAAAUAUAGUUGAAAUGAUGUAUAUAAAUAAAAU